GUGGGGUGGUAACCAUGGAGAGGCUGUUGCUGUGUGUGAUGCUGACGGUUGCCAUGGCGGUGCGAGCCCAGGUCUGCCCGAAGCGCUGCGUGUGUCAGAUCCUGUCGCCCAACCUGGCAACCCUGUGUGCCAAGAAAGGCCUCCUGUUUGUACCGCCCAACGUUGAUAGGCACACGGUGGAACUCCGGCUGGCUGACAACUUUGUCACCAGUGUGAAGAGGAAAGACUUUGCCAACAUGACACGACUGGUCGACCUCACAUUAUCCAGAAACACCAUCUCCUUCAUCACACCUCAUGCCUUUGCUGAUCUGGAAAACCUCAGAGCCCUACACCUCAACAGUAACCGCCUGACGAGGAUCGGCAACGACACGUUCAGCGGGAUGUCGAAGCUGCACCACCUGAUUCUGAACAACAACCAGCUGGUGCUGAUCCACCAGGGAGCGUUCAACGACCUGCUGGCGCUGGAGGAACUGGACCUGAGCUACAAUAAUCUGGACUCUAUUCCUUGGGAAGCCAUCCAGAGAAUGACGAGCCUCCACACGCUGAGCUUAGACCACAACAUGCUGGACUAUAUUCCUGAGGGAACCUUCUCGCUGCUACAGAAACUCAACCGGCUGGACGUCACCUCAAACAAACUGCAGAAGCUUCCCCCGGACCCCCUUUUCCAACGAGCACAGGUCCUGGCCACGUCGGGGUUCAUGACGCCCACUGCCUUCGCGCUGUCAUUCGGCGGGAACCCUCUCCACUGCAACUGUGAGCUUCUGUGGCUGAGGAGGUUGAACAGGGAGGACGACCUGGAGACGUGCGCCUCACCGCAGCAGCUCGCCGGUCGAUACUUCUGGUCCGUCCCCGAGGAGGAGUUCCUGUGUGAGCCCCCCCUCAUCACCAGAUUCUCCCACGAGAUGAGGGUGCUCGAAGGGCAGCGAGUCGCACUAAGGUGUAAGGCAAGAGGCGAUCCGGAGCCAGCCAUCCACUGGAUCUCUCCAGAGGGCAAGCUGGUGUCGAACUCCUCCAGAACGUUGGUGUACUCCAACGGGACCCUGGACAUCGUCAUCAGCACUGUGAAAGACACCGGCUCCUUCACCUGCAUCUCCUCUAACCCCGCGGGUGAGGCCCACCAAACGGUCGACCUGGUCAUAAUCAAACUCCCUCAUAUCUCCAACAACACCAACAACAUCCAGGAACCUGACCCAGGAUCUUCGGACAUUUCCACGUCGAGCCGGGGCGGGGCCAACGGGAGCAACGUGACGGGCGACGUGAAGGGCGGGGUGGACAAGCGGGUGGUGACGGCCGAGGCCACGUCGUCGACAGCGCUGAUAAAGUUCAACUUCCAGAGGAAUAUUCCGGGCAUCAGGAUGUUCCAGAUCCAGUACAAUGGAAGCCAGGACGACUCGCUGGUGUACAGAAUGAUCCCCCCAUCGAGCAAGAACUUCCUGGUCAACAACCUGGCAGCAGGGACCCAGUACGACCUCUGCGUGCUGGCCAUCUACGAUGACAUCAUCACCUCCCUGACCGCCACGCGAGUGGUCGGCUGCGUGCAGUUCAGCACUGAGACGGAGUACAUGAGGUGUCACUUCAUGCAGUCGCAGUUCCUCGGCGGGACCAUGAUCAUCAUCAUCGGAGGGAUAAUAGUGGCCUCGGUGCUCGUUUUCAUCAUCAUCCUGAUGAUACGGUACAAGGUGUGUAACCCUGGCGAGGGUGGAAAAGGUGUUUCUAUGUCUAUGACCAACGUCCACUCACAGACCAACGGGCAGCAGUCGCAGGGAUGCACUGUGACUCCCAGCGCCUCAAAACACGGCUCAAUCGGUUUAGACGACCUCUCUGGAGGCACAAAGAAAAGGAGCGGAGCAGCAGGAGAAGGAGUCGGAGGCAAAGAUACAGUGACUCAGUUGUCUGACUCCUCCCUGCCGGACUGCUCCACGGCCACGUCAGUUCUCAGCCAGCCUUGGGCGACCAGAAGCCCGACUGCAGGAGUUGAGGAACGGGAGAAAGCAGGUGAAGAUCGAGCUCAAGCUAGCGCCUUGACGCCAACCGGCACCACUGGUUCUCUGCCCAAGCAAAAGCGGAAGCCCGCUCCGAGUAAGCCGGUCUCGGUUUGCUCGAAUACCUCGGCUGUCCCUGAAAAUCUUGCCUCCCCUCGACCUGCCUCCUCCUCCUCCUCCUCUUCCUCCACUGCUUGCUCUGUGCUCCUCCCUCCCUCCAUCGGUCUGGAGAACCUCAACACCAACCGCAACAACUCCACCUCUCUCAACCAAACCCCACCUCCCUUUGUCCCUUUCCCUUUCUCCAGCCCUCUCCCUGCGCCGUGCCCCGUCCCUUCAAUGAGGUUCAGAGAGACACCCAUUCUGCGUCGGGCUCCGCGCGCCUCCUCCACCACAACCACAUCUUCCUCCUGCGCCAAGUACCAGACUCUCCCUGUAGAGGAGGGAGGGAGGAGCAGGGCGAGGAGGAGGAAUUCUCUCAGUGAAGGAGGCUCAAAGACUCACUCUAACCCUAACUCCCAUCAGGGAGGAGGAGCGCCCAAGUUGGGUCGCCUAGUGCGUAACAAAAGGAGCCAAUCAAUGAGCGGGAUGCUGCUCCUUAAAGAUGGGGAUGGAGACUCGGACAAAGGGCGGUGUGAUUCAGACUGGAUCUUAGAAAGCACAGUUUGAACGGGAACAAGAUGGAACAUGAAAUAAACUUUGGUUUACCCAUAAUUGUUUUGUAUGAGUGUGUCUGACACUUUGUGUGUGUGUGGGCGUGUCUGUGUGUGUGUUCGUUUGGAUUUGUUAAUAGACGCGUGAGUGAGGUUAAGGCGUGUGUGUGUCAGACGCGUUUUUGCCGUUUAGAUUGUGUGUUUUUGGUGUGUGUUCAUGUUAGUUACGGCUGGAUGAGUGUCUUCUGCGUCCAAACUGUUGGACAUUUUUCAACCUGUUUUUUUUAUUAUAAUUUUUCAUACUCCUCACGACUGUUUGUAUGCAUUUUACAGUUGUUGUUUUUUUCACUUGGAGACAGUUUGCUAACUGUUUCGCAGUCGGUCAUCCAGCGAGUGGAUCACUUGCCUUGUCUCGUAGCGUCCUCGAGUCGUCUCAUCGGUUCCACUUUAUAGCACAAAAAGAAAACAAGACAAUGGGCUCGUCACAUCUUACCCAGAUUCACACUCACCUUAUCUGAAAAUACCACGAAAAGGGAAUAUGAUAGGAACGAAUAGAAAAAAAAGCAACACAGGAUAAAUAACACAAUUCAAGAACUGAGCAGCGCACCUAUCUCAAUGUUCACGCGGGCACAUGAAGUGUGCGACCACGCGGUGGCAAGAGAAUAGCAGUCGGUGCCUUCUUUUGCACUAACAGACCCUCUGACACAUGAUACAACCGGAUCUAUGACCCCACCAAGGCUCCACGAAGAAGGGAUCGAGGAAAGAGGGGGACAAACAAAGGAAUUGAGUGAUUUCACACAUAGCCUUUCUUACCCACUGAGGAGUACGGACGUUUUAUCGACUUACGGUGGAAACAAACUGGGACAACAUGGAUCAGACGGACAAAGACUUUAACGGACCUGUUAUGAAAUUGAUAUUUUUUAAAAGCGAAGAAUUACAAAAAAAGAACAUAAAAACCUUGCAAGCUUUUCACAGACUGUGGUUUACUACACCCUGGGUCGGUCACGAGUUCCUGGAAAGCCUCUGUACAGAAAAAGGCAACAUGUACUGUGUUGUUAUGUUGUGUAAAAUAAA